AGCCAGAGGCGAAUAAAAGGCAGAGACUGAGAGCUAUUAGAACAACAUCAAAGGAGAGAUUCCUGCCUGUUAGGUGGAGAUGGCCUCCAGAACUUCACUCUCCGAGGAGGAUUUCUCCUGCCCGGUGUGCUGUGACAUCUACCGGGACCCUAUCAUACUCCUGUGCAGCCACAGCUUUUGUCGAGUCUGUCUGCAGCAGUUCUGGAAACAGAAGGGGAUCCGCGAAUGUCCCGUGUGCAGGAUGAGGUCGUCCAGGUCUGCACCAGCCACUAACCUGGUCUUGAAGAACCUGUGCGAGGCUCUCUUGCAGGAGAGGGGUCAGAGAACUUUGGAGGUGCACUUGAAGCCGGAGGCCCAUGGCAAGUUUGCAGUGGGAGCCGAGACGUUGCCCAUAAAAUCCUUGGGCGGGCCAGAGGCACUGUGCAGCAUACACAGCGAGAAACUCAAGCUCUUUUGCCUGGAGGACAAGCAGCCUGUCUGUGUGGUAUGCCGCGACUCAAAAAAGCACAAUAAUCAUGCCUUUCAACCUAUUGAUGAGGCAGCUCUGGAUCUCAAGGAGGAGAUUAAGCACAAACUGAAGCCCUUACAGGAGAAUCUAAAGACCUACAGAGAAGCUAAACUGUUGUUUGACCAAACAGCAAAACACAUAAAGUGUCAGGCCAAAGACGUAGAGAGGCAGAUUAAGGAGGAGUUUGAGAGGCUUCAUCAGUUUUUACGGGACGAGGAGUCUGCCAGAAUGGCUGUGCUGAAGGAGGAAGAGGAGUUCAAAAGCCAGAUGAUGAAGAAAAAGACAGUGGAGAUCAGCAAAGAAAUACAGAGUCUCUUAGACAUCAUUAAGGCUAUUGAAAAAUAUAUGGAUGGGGAAGACAUCACAUUCCUUAAGAACUACAGUGUCAUAAUGAAGCAAGUCCCGUUUACACUCCCGGAUCCAGAGCCAGUCCCAGAAACACUAGUCAACAUGGCAAAUUAUCUUGGUAACCUGCGGUUCAGAAUCUGGGAGAAGAUGAAAGACAUAGUUCAGUACAGCCCCGUGACUCUAGACCCAAACACAGCUAACCCGUGCAUCUUCCUCUCUGAGGAUCUGACCACCCUCCGCUACAAGGACAAAGGCCAGCUGCUCCCCGACAACCCGGAGAGGUUUGACUACUGGGAGUUUGUGCUGGGGUCUGAGGGCUUUGCCUCCGGGAGCCACUGCUGGGAAGUGGAGGUGGGGGACAGCACACUUUGGGCCCUGGGGGUGACCAGCGAGUCCGUGCAGCGUAAGGGUGAGGCACUGUUCAAGAGCGCCGUGUGGGGUGUGGGCUACUACAACGGAGAGUACGGGGCCAGCUCCUCCGUGGAGCCCCCGACUCCGCUCACAGUGACCCCCAAGCUCCAGAGGAUUCGUGUACAGCUGGACUGGGACAAGGGGUUGGUGGCGUUCUCUGACCCUGUUAGUAACACGCCUCUGCACACGUUCACUCACACCUUCACGGAGAGAGUGUUUCCAUACUUCAGUAAUUACUGUGAGCUUUGUCCCCUGAAGAUCAUACCAUUGGAUGUUUCUGUAGCAAUGCAGCCACAAUGAUAAUGUGCUUUAAUGUAUACUAUACUGUCACUGGUAGGUGUGUGAGCUUACAGUACAUAAUU